GGUUGUGUGGCAUACUUCACAAUCUUUCACAUACUAUUCUUUGUGGCUGCACAGGAACGACUUUUAUAGUAAAUCCUUCUCAAAGUCUUCGAUUGACGUUGUUGAGAAUACACAGCUAGAGACUCCAAUCUCGCUUCUGGGCGACUUCACUGAGCGCUACCUUGAAAAGGUGAGCAAAUUUCCUUCUGUUUACUCGAUUGUUUACUGCCGUUCUGUCACAUGACUCACGCUUGAUUACGUGCUGAUUCAGAUGGUUUAAAGCAUUUUAGUCGAAUGGCACUCUUCUCGAUUGACUAAUUGGCGAACGCAUAUUUAAAGGCGCUUCAAUUUGCCUGCCAUUUAAUUUCACCAAGGAGAAAGUAAAAUUUGAUGUAUUUUAAAGCUAUAUUGGGCCUUAGAUGACCACUAUAUGUAGAUUGCUUCAAGCGACUGUCUUUGCUUCUCUAAGAUCUGUCUUCGUCUCACCAAAAUGUAUAUAAUUUUUCUCGCAAAAUCACGCCACUGAUCAUGUCUCGCACUACUAUAUCUGCGUCUGUUACGCCAAUUUCUUGACGGCUGUUUAUAUCUUUUGUACCAGCAUCAACUGAAUCACUAUUCUUCCAAUAUUUAAUGACAUUGAACGUCAAAUCUAGCUCUUUAAUCCAUGACAUCAUGUCACGCUACCUACCUUGAGGGCACACAAUCUAGGUGUCUCUACCUCACCUGUAAGUAAGUCACACUCGAAUUGAUUUUGGGAAUUUUGCGUAUUUUGUUUAUUUACAUUUUGCUUUUUUUUUUCACGUGUAGAUUUGUCGAUGUGUUUUGUUUGUUAUGGCUAUCUUUCUAUGUAAGCUGUGAGCAUAAAAAUAACUGAACAGAACUCAGCCUAAACAUCUCGGGUGAAUCAUAUGAUGCAUUCUCCAUCCAUCAAGCGAUUACAUCUGAUCUAAGAUUACUGCCGACGAAAAAGGAUUGUUUAUCUAACUUACUGCUACAUCAAAGGCGAUAAAACCUAGUUUUGAGAUGUUUAGACACUCCUAGAAAUUUUGCCAUAGAUCCCAUACAAAAAAAACCCGAGGUGCCCGGUGGGUGGGCAGAAUGAGGCGAGAAAUAUUAAUCAAAACGUUCGCGUGUGAUUAUAUUUUGUCUUUAGCUUAUUUUUGCGAAGGCUGGUGAUCUUAUUCGAUCUACACCUUUAAACUUAUAGCUUUUACAUCGUUGGUGACCUUACUAAUGAAAUCGGAUCAAAAGCCUAUAGACAAAAUAUGAGUUCAGUUAUUUUAUUUUGUUGUUAUAUUUAUAACAUGACUGUUAAUAAUUAAUUAAUUCGCCUUACUCGAACAAGCGCUCACAUUUUCAAGAAGGGGAAUCAUAAAUUUCUCAUUCCGAACUAGCUAGAAAGCGCAUCGGUGUAACCUGAGCGGGAUAUACUGACUACCUUAGCUUUUCUUGUUUUGUACUUAUCAAAUAUGUAUAUGAAACCUGUCUCUGCAGAUUAUGGGCAACGAGCCGUCGAAAAAAGGAAAGGAAAAACCAGCACAUCCAAAGAUAGUCUCCAAAGGAAAAAACAGCUCCAAAAAUCUCCGUUUGCUAAUUUUACACGACGUAGGGUCCAAGCCACAGAUGGAUGCCGUUGAUCAUUUCUGCGAUGCAGUAAACGCCUUUAAACCUCCAGGAAGCUUAGUAAUCAAAGAGAGAGAUGUGAAAAUCCUGGAACUUGAUGUCUCAAGUUGUCUUUCUGGUAAUUCCCUCACGGAUGCGAAGCAGUGGAUUAACGAAUGGCUGGGUCAAAGUGGCGUGGUUCUCGUUUUCUUGCUGUCAAUUCAAGAUGUACAGCCUUUCGCGGAUGAUAUUAAUUUGCAAGGAGGGAAGAUCGUGGCGUUUUCCUUUGGAAAAUGUCCGACUUCAUGGAAGGAAUGUGUUUCUUUGAACGUCGACUUCAAAGCUGUGAGAAGCCCAAGCGAUUUUGAAGAAACGUUGAAAGAACUUAUUGCCGUUGUUAGAGCAGAGUGAACGGAAUGGAACUUGAACAGGUCAUCUAGAUGUAGCAAAAGAGCCAGUAAUUCAGUAAUUUUAAGCCAGUUUUCCAUUGUUUCUGAAGUAAUCUAAAUCCAGGAUUAUUUUGAUAUAAAUCUAAUUCCCUCCGUGAUUGGUCCAGGUAUGAACUCCCGCCACCGUCUCAACCAAUAAGAUAGGAAUCUAAGUCCGAUCGUAUUUUCGUCACCAUUGUUUUCCCACAUUUCACGUCGUUUCCAUGUUUCUUUUUUUUUAACUCUCAUUGGCUCCUCUCCCUUUGCCUUUGAAUUUUCCUGUGCUCUGAUUGGCCAUUGUAAUAAUCUGAGCAUUGCUCAAACGGCACUCCACAGAAAAUUACUCUAUAGUUUCAAAAUAAACGUUGGCAUUAUUAAAAUCACGAUGAAAAUGAAUCGGCCAAAUACUUUUGAAACAGUCAUAAUCUGUAUUUUGAACAAAUUAAACUUGCUCUCGGAUAGUAACUAGAACCGUUUGAUUUUCAACAUUUUCCAUUAGGUUCAGCUAAUUUGUGGCACGAAUAAAUGUUUAUUUUAUGACGUUCUUGUUUGUUUGUUUGGUCUACGAAAUCUUUUUUUAGUGAGUUCUUCUUUUGAUCAUGUAAUGUUAUUGGACACGUGAGUUAAUCCGGCUCAAACUAUUUGUAAAUGAACGUUUAAAGCUCAAUAAAAAGGUACCAAAGUUUUGCAC